AACAUUUUCUAUGCAAGGCUGGUUUAUGAGUUACAACCGAUAAUUAAUUAUAGGUUGUUCCCCUGCCUCCACCUUGUUUUCUUUUCUCUACAGCUUGUUUUCAUUUCCUUUCCAAUUUAAGAAUGUGUUUAACAUUUUAUCCCAGACAAUGUGAUGGUCAUGAAGUCUCCGUCAGAGAGGAAAGAGGGAGUUAAUCUAUAAUGAAGAUCAACAGUGAAGAGGAAAGGGGUCUUCCCUGACCCUUCAGUCAUAUACGACAUUUUACACAACAAUAAUGGACCUGUGUAAGGAGGUAUGUGUGGGAGAAGAUUCCAGAAGGUCUUGAGACACUCCAGAUGAAGGUUAUCUCCCUCUGUGCCAGGCCAGAGUGCAGUGGUGCAAUCACGGCUCACUAUAGUCUCAACCUCCUGGGCUCAAGAGAUCCUCCCACUUCAGCCUCCCAAGCAGCUAGGACUACAGAUGUGAUCUCACUCUGUCAUCCAGGCUGGAGUGCAGUAGCACCAUUUCGGUUCACUGCAACUUCCGCCUCCUGGGUUCAAGCGAUUCUCCUGUCUCAGCCUCCCAAGUAGCUGGGAUUACAGUUAUUUUAUUCUUAUGAGCUUGUGGGCUCCAUCUACCCAACCUCUGGGCAAAUGCUCAUCUGACUUCCAUAGACACACAGCAAGCAGACAACCACACAAAGAGGAAGAGGGAGAAUAUUUACCAGCCAUGGAACAUCUGCUCUGUGCUUAUAUCUCAUAUGCAUUAUCUCUAAUUAUCAAAAGAAGACAUGUCCUUAACCUUGGCACAACAAAUCUCUAAAUCGAUUGAGACCUGUCUCAGAUACUUCUUGGUUUACAAGAUGGAGGCUGAAAUUAAAGAGAAAGAUCCUCACUCAACUCACAGAGGAGCAGAAUGGGAAGAGGACUUAGUGAGAAUUCCCUGAACACAGGAGAAAACCGAAGCCCAGAGAGUGGAUGGCCAAGUCCAAGGUCACACAGCCAAGUGCAUCCGAGCAGCGCAGGAUCCAGGUUUCCUGCCCCAGUGCUCUUUCUGCAGCCCAUGCCACCUGUUUUCAUGCUAUCUCAGUUCACCUUCCAGCUACACACCUGCAAUCAGAAACAGAAAGUCUGAGAGAGUGUGUGGAGCCAAAGAGGGGACAGCAGUGGUUAGAAGCAAGGCACAAGUCAUACCUACAUUCAAGGAGAGGGGACCAUGCAAAGGAUAAACUGCAGAGAGACAACAGAUUUACAUCCCAGACACACUGGGCCAAGAGCAGCUGCCAUUGCAGAUUCGAGUCACGUCCUUUUUUCCCUCCUUCUCCUUCUUGGAGUUACAACAGAAGCUGGGGAGGUGAGAGUGCAGAAAGGACGUGGAUGAAGCAGAGAGGCACGUGCCUGUCUCAUUCGCCUCUGGAUCUGCUGCACCCAGGACCGUGCCAGCACAAAGUGGGAGCCCGAUAAAUAUUUAUUGAAGAAAUGAAAGGUGACAAAAGGCAGGAGGGAGACCCCCAAAAGAGGUAAAUUUGGUAUCUUAGCAAGUGGGUGACUACCACUGUCUGGGGGAAAGCUGAUACACGAGGACUUGACAAUAAUUACAGCAGUAACAAUCGCUACUAUUUUGUUUUGAGAUGAAUUUUAGUUUCUGAGAUUGUCCAAAGCACUUUUAUCAAUAGAAACUUGUUACACAUCCCUCCAGCAGGGAGAAGCAGCACAGGAAGCUGCCCCCUCAAACACUAAAGGCUCCUGGAGCUAUUCACAGUGCUGGGGAACAACCAGAGGAGGAGGACAGAGGGAGAGAACACUUUUUUAAAAAUCCCAAACAAAACCAAAUUCUCUACAUGUGUAUCUCGAGUGAGUAAAUGUGUAACACUCAGCAGUCUCCUACACUUGCCAGGUUUUGUGGCUUCAUGCAGUAAUAUAAAAUGUGCUUCACAAAGCUAGGAGUCUGCACAGAAUAUAGGGUUCUGAUUCAUAUUUUAGUUUUACUUUUUUGUAGAGAUGGGAUCCCACUAUAUUGCACAGGCUGGUCUCAAACUCCUGAGCUCAAGCGAUCCUCCUGCCUUGGCCUCCCAAGGUGCUGAGACUACAGGUGUGAGCCACCACUCCCAGCCUGAUUUAUAUUUUAUAAAGAGGCAAAGAUGGAGUACACAGCUGAGUAAUCUCUUGCAUUUCUGGACCUUGAGCAUCAGGAAGCUUAGGGAGGGUGAAAACUCAGAAGAAAGCUCAGAGUUGAGACCUUUGAUUUUUUUGCCCAGAGAGUCCAGCUAACACACUUUAUAACCCAAAAGGCCUUACAAAUAUUUCAGAGCAGAGGCAGCAUUUUUGCACUGGAUAAACAAAGGUACGGUAAUUUCUUCAUAGUUUAUUUUCAUUACAAGUAAUUCUUUUCCUGAAGAAAAAGUUAUAUUUCAGAUUUAUUUCCCCUCUCAAAGGGGAGGGGAGUUAUAAUAUUCUGUUUUCAUAGCACCAUUCCUCAAGAUCAAACCCAGGCAGGCAUUUUUACAGCACACACUUCCAUAUGUCAUUGCUAAUCCUCGCAACCUUGAGGAAACCGAGGUGCAAAGGGGUUGAGGAAUGUGUUCACCAUCCCAAAGCCAACAAAGUGCCAGAACCCAAAUCCAAGCUUGGCUGUCUCAUCCCCAAGGACGUACUCUUUAUGCCGUUCCUUAUGACUUUUCAUGCAGCAGGCGCAAGGCAGCAAGAAUUUGGCUCUUCUGACAUUUAUCAGGCACCUGGUAUGUGCCAGGCCUACUGUAAACCCCAAGAUGACAUGGUCCAUGUCUAUCCAUUCAGCAUCAGAGAGACUGUUAUCAGGACUUGAGGCCUGAGACACAGCCCUGAAUCAGAUGCAGGCCUCUGGUGUUUGCAAAGGAUGCGUGAGUAUGUGUAUGUGUAUGCGUGCAUUGUGUGUAGGGGUGUGUGUAUGUUGGGGGUUGGGGGCAGAAAAUGCUCCCUGAACUGUUGGUAUUAAGGCAGAUCUUUGAUGGAGGGACUGGGGUGUGGAGACUUGAACCCUAGUUUCGAAGUGGGGACCUCGAACACUAGUAUGGCCAGCAGACAGGCUGGAGUUGCUGAAUUGUCAGCUAGGUCUUUAAUCCACUCCCCUUCUCUAAAUCAGGGUGGAAUUGGACUCAGGGCUUGUUCAGGGCUGAGGUUUCAGGGGGAUGAAUGAUUCCAGACAGUGGGAAGGAGUGAUGGAUGAUGAACCUGGCAAGUCACAGGACCAUGGACUUGGCUGUAUGUUGCAUGUAUGUGUAAGAUCUGAGUUGAGACCUUUGAUUUUUGCCCAGAAAGUCCAGCUAACAUACUAUAUAAGCCAGUGAGACUAGCCAGUGGCUGUUCAUUGCCUCUGCCUUGCCCCUAUGCCUGCCCGCCUCCUAUAGCAGGUCCCUAUAGCAUAAUGAAAAUGCGAACAACCUUUUCUCUGGACACUAGGGAAUCUAGUCUGGUGGAUAAAGAUGGAUGGCUGUUAAACGAUCACAUCUUGGGCUCUGUGUGUUCAGUGAAGCCUCAUUUACCAGAUCUCUCUGAUGAGAAAGGUGAAUGGUGAGGACAAAAUACAUGCUGUUAUCAGAAGUCUGGCGGGGGCCCUGUGCAGUGGCAAGCACCUGUAGUCACAGCCACUCGGGAGGCAGAGGUGGGAAGAUCGCUUGAGCCCAGGAGGUUGAGGCUGCCGUGAGCUAUGAUGGCACCAUUGUACUCCAGCCUGGUUGACAGAGUGAGACCCUGUCUAAAAAAGGAAAAGAAGUUUAGGGGGAAAGCUUUUAGGAUAUGGAUGAUGGUUAAUUUUAAUUCCACCUAACAUUUUAAACUUUGGUAUGUCAAAAGGUGAGAAUUGCCAGUGUCAAGGCAUGGAAACCAAAGGAAAACCAGAGGGUUGAGAAGGUGGGAAGGGCCGCAGUGUGGCAGGCGGCAGUUACUGGGAUGGCUUCUACUGAAGGAACUCAUCAUCCACCACCUUCAGGAAGGAGGCCCCUGGGGCCCUUUAAGAGAGCAGUUUCAGUGGAGGCUGCAGGCAGGUUGGCAGAAACAAGAUUAUGAGAUGGUCUGUACCAGGUAUCAGGCUUGGGGGUUAGUGCCUCUAGACUUCUCUGAGAAGUCUAGCUUUGAAGGGAAGGCUGGAGAGCUAGCACAAUACUCAAUAAUAACAAGACCUAAGGCACUUACUGUGUGCCAGGCACUGUUCUAAGAACUCAGCACACUUCAGCUCAUUUAAUCCUUACAACUAUACAAAGUUUGUAGUCUUUUCAUUAUACCUUUUGACAGGUGAGUUACUUGCUGGAAUUCACGUGGCUAGUAAAUACUGGAGCUGAGAUUUGAAAGCAGGCAAUCUGGCUCCAGAAUCUGUGUUUUUAACCCACAUACUAUAUUGUCCAUCAUGAAAAGAUGGUGGUGAGCAGGCUUGUUUCUAAGGAUGGGAGGGUCCUCAUAAUAUUUGUAUUUACAGAGAGGAGGGAGAGGUGGGUUACUUCCUCUCCCAACCCCAGAAAGCCAGGCAUGUUGGCUGGCAUCCCUGGGACCUCAGAUAUUCAAGCAACCAUGGCCCUGCAAAUCAGGCAUUCUAUUUAUUAGAGUUGUGCAGUGAGGUCCCCUCCAUUUCAUCCCCAGAAUAUCUCCUAGACAAGUUGGAUCCUGCAGGGCCCGAGUAUAAAUAAGAUGGUGCCCUCUGUUGUUAUGGAGUAGCUUGGAGCUGGGCCCCAGAUGCCCUGUGUGGAUUAAAUGAGUGAUUAGUAUUUGGCAAUGUAGCUUGAGAGGCUUGCUGAGUUACUGGGGCAUAUGUCCCCAGCUCACGAGUACCAGCCUGACUUCUGUCAAUCAAUCAGUGAACAGGGUUUGCAGCGUCCACCAGGUACCUGUGGUGUAGUAGAAGAGAGUUUGAACUUUGGAAUCAAACAUGCUGAAGUUCAGAUUCCAGCUCCUCCACUAACAACCUCUGUGAUCUUGGCUAAGUGACGGUCACUUUUUUUUUUUUUUUUUUGAGACAAGGUCUCAUUCUGUCUCCUAGGCUAGAGUGCAGUGGCAUGAUCAUGGCUCACUGCAGCCUCAACCUCCCGAACUCAAGAGAUCAUCCCACUUCAGCCUCCUGAGUAGCUGGGACCAAGGGGCGCCUGCCAUGGCAUCAAGCUAAUUUUUUAUCUUUUGUAAAGAUGGGAUUUCGCCAUGUUGCCUAGGCCAGUCUCAAACUCCUGGGCUCAAGCGAUCCACCCACCUCAGCCUCCCAAAGUGCUGGGAUUACAGGUGUGAGCCACCGUGCCCAUCCUGAUGGUUGCUUUCAGAGCCUUGGUUCUUCAUCUCUAAAACAAAGAUAGGAAUACUGCCUAGUUUCCAUGGGGAGCUUGUAACACAUGCGGGCCUCUCUCCCCUCACCCCAGUCUUUGGUUAGACACUUACUAUUUGCAAAGACCCAAUUUCUUCAUCAUAAGAAGGCUGCCACCACACUUGAGGGAGUGACCCAUUUACAAACAAUUGCUUCCUUCUGGGUCAUUCUGAUGGAUUAAAUGAAGAACCAUUUAAAACCACAGCCCAAAGGGCCAGAGGGAGAGGCAGCAGAGGGAAGAUGCAGGUGGAUCUUCAUGCACUGCAUGAGGAAGCUUUGUAUCAUGGUCAGGAAAAGCUCCAGGCACACAAGGGCAGCCUCCAUGGCCAAUCAGAGUGCACCUCUCACCUCGGCAACUCUGCUAACCUAAAUAGACCAGUCACACAGCAGAGCUGCAAAAGAAGACAUGAUAAUUACAGAGACCCCAGGGGACCGUCUGUGCGGACUGAUGCUUUGUUUCUCCUAACCCCUCAGACCUCUCUAUUUCACUGCAAACUCUCAAUACCCAGGGCCUUUGUUUUGCUGUGAACACUUUCAUUCCUGAGUACGUUUUCUAUGAGGAGUUGGCGGAAGAGAGUCAGAAUGAAUUAUAUUUUCAGCAUACCUCUGGGUUCAUGUUGAACUUGGCUAGAACUGUUUUGACCCAGGAAACAAUUUGACUAAAGGAUAUUUCAAUCCAACAAAUACUCUCUGGGCCCUUCCAGUGUUUCUGGCACUGGUUUGAUGCUGAGGACAUAGAGAUGAAUAAGAAAUGGUCUCUGUCCCCCAGCUGAUAAAUUAUCAUUGAUGAUCUACUGUGUGCCAGGGACUUUACAAAUGUGAUUACCAUUUCUUACAACAUAGUAAGGUAGAUAGCAUUUUUGUGUUACAGGUGAGGAGUAGGAAGUUCAAAAAGUUUAUAAGGUCAAAGUCACACAACUAGUCAGAUGUAGAACUAACCUUUGGAUUUGGGACUGUUCACCAUCAAAUCCUAUAUGCUUUUGAUACAGACAGGAGACCCAGAAAUACUGGGUAGAAGAGGGUGGUUCCCUGGCAAAGGCCCUACCCUCAAACCUGGAAACCUGCAGCCCUAAAUGGGAAGAGGCAUUCCUGUUUUCAUGCCCAAAAGUUGCCUUUUGGCCCGUCAUGUCCCCUAUCCUAUACCUGUAUAAACCCCAGACCCCAGGCUCCAGAAGCAGAUGAGGAGACAAACAGAAGAGCAGAAGAAUGGCAGAAUGGCACAGCAGAGAGAAGAAAAGGAACAUCUGAAUGUUGAGAGGAAUUUGGCUGGGGGCGGUUGGAGAGGAGAUUAGCCACUGGACAGCCAAACUCCAGGGGAAGAUCAUCUUCCCACUCGAUCCCCCUUCCAGCUCCCCAUCCAUCCUGCUGAGAGCCACCUCCACCACUCAGUGAAACCGCUGCAUUCAUCCUUCAAGUUUAUGUGUGACCUGAUUCUUCCUGGACAUUGGACAAAGACCUAGGUCCAGUGAACUGUCUAACACUUAAGUCAUCCAUGGACAGCAAGGCUAACAGAAUGCUGUAACAUGUGCCCACUUGGACUCUGGGAGUUGCAGACACCCACCCGUAGGUGCUGCCAUGGGUCCGGAGCCCAAAAAGUGCUUGCCCUGGCUCCUGCACCUGCCCGUCUGCAUGCUCCCCCUCCGGUAAGGGGUUUGAGGAUGUGGCGGCUGAACAUAAGAGCUAUGCCCCUGUCACACAUCAUGAGACAGGGGUCAGGGAACUCUCCCAUUUCACUUUCAAAUAUUCCAGGUCCCCUUUUUGUUUGGGAGCCAGAGUCUAGUGGAGACAGAGAUAGAAACCCUGAAAUAGGAUCCAGGCAAUAUAAACCUACAUGCUGUAAGCCAAGUCAGAGUGAGGCUGAUGUGAUAACAAAAGUCUGAAUAAAAGGUGGGAGACAAUUAUUCUGACUGAAAGGGAGGCAAGAGUUCUGCCAUAGGCUUGAUGCUGUGUGCCCCUGGCUUCCCAACUCAUUUGCAAAUGGAAAAUACUAUUCCAUUGUAGGAACCUUCUUUUUCCAUUUGUCUGGGGAAGGAGAAAGAAUGGCUGGGCUGAAUGAAUUUAUUCCUUGGUCCUCUUCCAACAAAGCUCAGCUAUGAAAGAUAAAUCCAGCUCUACCCACCCCCUCUCAGUGGAGCUGGGGAGAAAUCAAAAGCCCCUCUGCCAAUAAUGAGACCAAAGUUUGCAAGGGCAGGACGAACCCGUGCUAACAGAGAAAGUGUUGUUUCCUCAAUUUGGUUUUAGACUGUCUUGUCCUAUGGGGGAGAAAAGGUCUGCCCUUGGGAGAGGUGCCAACUUUAUAGAUCUAUUAAUAAAAGAACUGGCAGGCUUACAGUUCUUGCCAAUGAGGAAACUUGAAUGAGAGAAGCCAGGCUCAACCUUGGCCAACAGACUGGAGCCCAUCACCCUAACUUCACCCCACUUCUCCUUACCCAACCAUCAAAGGCUAGGCAGCACCCACCCAGCAGCUUCCACCUGGCUGAAGCCUGCACCUGCUCCAGACCAAGGGUUAGAUGGAAAUUUGGCAUGGGAAGAGAGGGCUCACCUGUGGGCAGGAUAGACUCUAUCCAAGAAGGAGACCUGAAAAAUUAAAACCUGUGAGACAAGGGGUGAUCCUGAAGGCAGGCAGGAGAAAGGGCUGGAGGGAGAGGCCACUGGGGAAUUUUUCCUGGUGAAUACUGAAGUUACGAGAUGUUUUGUCUUGCAAAACUCAAGGGAAAACUCUCAAACUCUAAUGUUUGUCUAUUCUGUGUCCAAACUGUCCUUUUGAAAUGGACCCACCUUUCAGUAAAGAAACUUGCAUUGGCCUGCCCAGCCUGGUGUGUUAGUUCUGUGGAAACUGACUGGCUAGGGUGGCCACGGGAGGAAGAGCCUGGUUCUCCCUCACCAGCUCCUUGUGAAGAAGGGACCUGGUCAAUAAGGCAAACGACACCGCUUGCCAACAUUUGAUAUUGCCAAGUGCUUUUGUUUGGCACUACUAUAGAUUUUAAAAAUGUAUCUCACUUUUAAAAUUUGCAUUUUCUUGAUUACUUGUGAGAUUGAACAUCUUCUCAUACAGCAGCUGGCCGUUUUCAUCUCCUUUUCUGUGAAUUCUAGCUGUUCCCUAUUUUUCCAAUGGGUUAUUCGCUUUACUUACUGAUCUGUAAGAGUUCAUUACAUAUACUGGAAACUAAUACUUUGCUAUAUAUUGUUACUGUCUUCUCUUACUCUGGUCACUUUUAAAAAUUCAGGUAUUGUCAUAAGAAGUCAUACUUUUUGGUGGCUCAUACCUGUAAUCCCAGCACUUUGGGAGGCUGAGGCAGGCAGAUCACCUGAGGUCGGGAGUUCGAGACCAACCUGACCAACACGGAGAAACCCUGUCUCUACUAAAAAUACAAAAUUAGCUGGUGUGGUGGCACAUGCCUGUAUUCCCAGCUACUCAAGAGGCUGAGACAGGAGAAUUGCUUGAACCCGGGAGGCGGAGGUUAUGGUGAACCGAGAUGGUGUCAUUGCACUCCAGCCUGGGCAACAAGAGCAAAACUCCAUCUCAAAAAAAAAAAAAAAAAAAAAAAAAAAAAAAAAAAGUCAUACUUUUGCUUUGUUUAUCAUCUUUAAGAAGGUCAUCCCUAUCGAAGGUCAUAAACAUAUUCUUAAUAUUUUCAUGUGUUUAUUUUCCAAGGUUAGGUCUUAGAAAAUUACAAAAUAACCAUUUGUAACUUCAUGUUGUGAAAGGUGGAGGAAAGGAAUUUCAUCUUCUUGCCCCCAAACCUAAAACCCUUACUUGCAUCUGAGCCGAUUCUCCUUGUUCCUUUCAGUUACACUGGAAGAAGAGCCCCUCCUUCCUUCAAGCCAAGUCAUCCCCUUGGGCUCUCACCACUGUGCUUGCCUUCAGUUUAUACCUUGCCUGUAGUCCAGUCUCUCCAGCAUCAAUUCCAUCAGCACAAAGACAUAAUUGAAUUCCUUCUACCUUAAAAAAACAAAACAAAACAAAAAACAGCUCUCGCUCUCUUAGGGUGAGAUGAAGUGGUUGGCAACAGGCCAAUGCUACUUUCAGAGGCGUUUGAAUCAGAGUGACUCCAUUUUGAAUAGGGGUUGAGUAAAAUAAGGCUGAGACCUACUGGGCUGCAUUCCCAUGAGCUUAGGCAUUCUAAGUCACAGGAUGAGACAGGAGGUCAGCACAAGAUACAGGUCACACAGACCUUGCUGAUAAAACAGAUUGUGAUAAGAAAAGCCAGUCAAAACCCACCAAAACCAAGAUGGCAACAAAAGUGAUCUCUGGUUGUCCUCACUGCUGAUUAUUCACUAAUUAUAAAAUUAACAUGAUAAAAGACACUCCCACCAGCACCAUGACAGUUUGCAAAUGACAUGGACACAUCAGGAAGUUACCCUAUAUGUCUAAAAGGGGAGGAGCCCUCCGUUCCAAUUGUCCACCCCUUUCCUGGAAAACUCAUGAAUAAUCCACCCCUUGUUUAGCAUAUAAUCAAGAAAUAACCAUGAAAAUAGCCAACCAGCAGCCCUCAGGGCUGCUUUGCCUAUGGAGUAGCCAUUCUAUAUUCCUUUACUUUCUUAAUAAACUUGCUUUCACUUUAGCCUAUGGACUUGCUCCAAAUUCUUGCAUGAGGUCCAAGAACCUUCUCUUGAGGUCUGGAUUGGGACCCCUUUCUGGUAACACUACAGCCACGCUAUGGAAAAUCUAAAUAAAAAUAAAGAUUGUAUUUUCCAAACCAUCGGGGAGCUAUGGAAGCAACAGGGGCCAGAGGAAGUAAAAUUCUGGAGAAGGGAGGACAGCUCAGAGGUGAGCAUCUGCAGAUGCCUUUCCCUUCCUGUCAUUUGAUAAUCCUGGGCAAAGACUGAAAUUGGUGCUGAGUCCAGUCGGGGGAUGCUGUGGAGUCAUCAAAUUAGAGGCUUGGGGGGCCUCAAACAUCCAGCCAGCUUCCUCCUUGAGAGAUGCUGAACUGUGAAGCUGUGUGAUGUGAGAGGCUGACAGGCUAAGCUGAAGACCUCAGGAAAGUAGAGUGGAAUUUCCCGUGGUCUUUUUUUUUUGAGGCAGGGUCUCUUUCUGUCACCC